AUGAACACCGUUCUCAAAAACAGUGGAAAUGCACCGAAAAUGCGCCAAGCACUGAAGACCCCGUGUGCGCAGGCACUCGCAGAAGACGGUCCCUCGCAGCAGUCCAUUGAUUUCCGAGCAAUGUCCCACCAAUUCUACGACCUGACAAUCGGAAUUCCCCAUUUUAUUCCGUCUCGCGAGAAAAUGCAACCUCUUCUCCUGUUUUCCCUUCCGUAUCUUGCACUCAAAAGGAUAACUUCACAAAUGGACGUUCUUGAUUUGUAAGUGUUUUCAAGUGUUCGUUUGUCACGUUCUUUCAUCAUUCAGAGUCGAUCUAUCGUUGUGCUCGAAAAAGGCGUACAAACUGGUGAAAGGGAUGCACUUGAGGGCGGAAAAACUGGAAGUUUCGAUGGAUUCUCGAAUAGCUUUGACUUUUAAAAAGAAGAAAUCGACUUAUCAAAUCGGAUCCUACAUGAACUAUUUUGCACUCGAAGAGACGCCGAUUCGAAUGGUCCGAGGCCAUCGAUUCUAUACUCUGUAAGUGGCCUAGGUUCUCCUUUUUCUAGGCCAUCCAUCAAAGACGUGCUUCAGACAUAACGGAAAGCCAUUGUUCAUGCAUUUGGUAUGGUCGGGACGGAACGUUUGGGACGGAUACGUGAUAUUCAUUGAAUAUCUUAUGGACAUUUUCCACACUCGCAUCACAAGAUUAACGAUCAAACGGACGACGAGGCAGAACGUGCUCGAAGUGUGCUGCCGUCAAAUAUUCAGAAAUGUCGACCAUCUAUUCGUUGGCCCAACCGGCGACAUUGGAAUAAAACCGAUUCUGGAGACGGUGACGAUCACGAAAUCGGCCGAAUUGCACUUAUUCUCCGGAAAUGAAUGCGUGGACGGCAUCGAUUUGGACACGCUCAUCAUAAAUGUUCCGUCGUGGUCGAAUCCCGAAUAUCUCUUCAAAUGCCGGUGCCGAUUGCUAGAGAUUUCCGGCACAAUCUUUCCGGAAACAGUCGUCAAUUCGUACGUGUUCCGCUGGAUUCUAGGAGAAUUUCCGAAGCUCGAGAGGCUGAAAGUCACCAUGCAAAGGAUUGAUUACGAGCGAAUUGUUAUGGACCUUCCGUUCGUGGACUGUCAACCGAAUCGAACGGAAGGACCAGGCGGCACAGUUGAUAUUGUGCACGCUGAGAUCGAGAAGCACUUUCGAUCGGUCGACGGAAAGAUGGCUACGCUUGUGGCGGACCGAACAAGCAUGCAUUUCUGUGUUUGGAAACCAUUAUGA